GGGCGGACAGCGGUGAUGUCACCGCCGACGUGGCAUCCUUCCCUUCUCUUCUCUUCACCACCCCCCCCUCCCCCUCCGGAAAUCCGUGUGGAACGAGCGGAGCACGCGCAGUCCGGCUGGGUGGGAGCGGCCGAAGGCUCGCGCAGGGGACCGUUGGAAAAUUCAAACGGUCGGAGACGGCAAACGGCGCUCGGUCGGAGUGACGGCUGGCCGCCUGUAACAACAAAGCUCUUCAAAACAAAAACCGAGAAAAUGGCAGCGGCGCGACAGGCCAACGGCGAGGACGCUGGCCUGAACGGCUCCUGGGUGGAAUUGCAGUUGAAAAACAAUGGGAAUGAUAAUGGCACCAGCCGCACUGGAGGACUGGAGCAUGUGCCCUCAUCUUCCUCCAUUCAUAAUGGAGACAUGGAAAAAAUACUUCUGGAUGCUCAGCAUGAAUCGGGUCAGAGCAGUUCUCGAGGAAGCUCCCACUGUGAUAGCCAAUCCCGCCCCCAAACACCUCAGAUGGCUCAAGCAAUCUUCGAACUAGAGCUGCAGCGGAACAGAGACAGCAGCUCUCAGUCUGAAGAUGAUUGUUUGGAAAGAGACCAAGAAGAAGAAAUCAUGAUCAAAAGGAGCGCCGAAUGGAUAUCUGACUGGUCAAGUCGACCUGAAAACAUUCCACCAAAGGAGUUUCAUUUCAAACAUCCAAAACAUUCAGUUACUCUCAGUAUGAGAAAGACUGGAGCAUUGAAGAAAGGUGGCGUAUUUUCAGCUGAAUUUCUGAAGAUUUUCUUUCCAUCUUUGCUGCUAUCUCAUAUUUUGGCUCUUGGCCUCGGAAUCUACAUUGGAAAAAGGCUGACAACGUCUUCAUCAAGCACAUUCUGAGAUCCAGAAUCACAGUUAUACAUGGCUUGUGAAAUUAUGUGGCUGCUCCAUUAGUACUUUAGAAUUGGAGGAAGAAAGAAACCCACUUCAAGCACAAGACAUCCUAUUCCAAUAUGUUUUCCCUUUGAAGGAACUGCUUGGUCACCUGAGCACAGACUUGGCCGAACAUUGUUUGCCGUGAAUUUGGGACUUCUUGAGCUCUGUGUACUAUGUGACAGCAGCCGAAUUUGUUUCAAUUAAUAGUUUGCUUCACCAACAAACACUCAUUCAAGGAGCAGUCCCACUACUUGGAUCAAAUUGCGAAAUCUAUGCGGUUAACACAAAGUACCAGUGGGGAUGGGUGGGAAUCCUUUUUUCAGCCUUAUUGAAUCAACAAAGCUUAGAAGGAAUGGAGUCUUCUGUUUGCGAUUCACCAUCUCUUUGGCAAGAGAAAGCAUUUAAUCUGACAUCAACAAAACUGAAAUAACAUGCUGCUGUUUGGAACAGUGACAGGUGGAUUUGUUUUUAGAUUGUAACAAUAAACAUUAUUUGAUUGUUAAUCUUUUCUUAAAUUUGACAUUUCCCUCCACCCCUGAUGAGAAAUUACUUUUCAUACCAUCCUCGAAUGUUCACGUCCUCCAAGCCAGGAUGGUUGGCAUGUAGUUGGACUCUGAUUAUGCUUCUCUGAGCAAAGUUGUUUCUUCUUGGUUGUUUUUUGGUGUUGAAUUGGGAACCAGUGUUUGACCAUCCUUUACAUUUCCAAAGAUAGUGCUAAGAUUAUGUGUGACGUGCUUUUCAUGUCACACGUAAUCUUAGCAGCAAUCUUUUUGAUCCUAGUGUGUUGCUAUAAACUCCCAAGAAUGUUCAGAAUGUGCAGAAGUCAUCAUCUCAUUUCAGCUUCACCUUGUCUUGCUACUAGGUGCUGUAGCAUUCUAACGAAGAUUAAGCUUAUUCAGCCCAGACUGUUAAUUGUAUGAAGAACAAAGAUCUGAAUUUUCAGCCAUCCAAAAGGAAUUAUGCAGACCAGAGGAGAAUUUGCUGUUCACUCUGGAUCUCCUGAAAUGCAAUCAUGUUAGUCAAUCUUGGACGAGAUGUGGGAAGUAUCUAGUGAAACCAAUUUGCCAUCUUUGUUUUUGUUCUAGUCCUUUAAUAGGAAGGAGAUUGGUACAUUGAAAACACCAUUUCAGUAACCUUUUUAGGUUUGAGUUUGUUGCUUUUGGCGCAAUGCACUUUGGAAAUUCUGUUCAGGGAAUGCAUAUUUGUGAACUGAAAGAAGUUUAAGAUAGCUUGGCUUUUUGUGUCUGGUAUCUGAGAUCAUGUUCAGUUUAUUUGAUGGGAUUAAUAGGUUAUGGUGAGAAGGAUCUCAUCCCUGACUUUUAAUGUGUAUGACAUGCAAUUGCCUGAAUGUCUUUACUCGAUUCACAGUCUUGCUCAGACCAUCAUGUUGGCGAAAACCAGGCAAAUAGCUAGAGAGGCAUUAGAAGACUGCAACAAUGGAGACCAAGCUCCACUGUGCACCUGAAGCAAGGCUUGAUGCUCACACGAUCGUGAAAAGUUUUCCAUUUCCCAGCUUGAAUAUAUCACUUUGGAAACUUUGCUCAUGAAGGCAUCAAAUGAAGUGACAGCUUUGAGAUGUAGAAGUGAUGCUGUAUUGCACACAAGAAAAUGUACUUGGGUGCAAUUUUGUCUUUCACGAAACUGUUGAAAAUGCUCCUGAUUUUGUACAGUUCCUGAUAACUCAACGUUGAAACAGAAUUGCUUAAAGAUCAUUGAAAAAUGUACUGGAUUGAAACUGUUUUUGAGGGGACAGAAUCUUCAUCAAUUUGCCUGCUUGUAGUCAAGAAAAGAUUGUUGCAUAUGGAGCAUGUAUUCUUUUCUGGACACAUCCCAGCUCUUCUGAUCACCCAGUUUACUCACUUCACUUGAAGGGAAGCCAUGGGCAGUCCCAGAAAUAACUAUUCGUUCAACUUGUGGAAACGUGACUUUAAAGGAUCAUGUUUUAGAAGGUCAAUCCAAUUGUCUCCCAAUUAAGAGUGGAUGUUGUUACAUUUUGAACAUGAGUGCAACAAACAUCUUAAAACCUGAUCUGGAGAACAGCUGUUUGGAUGGACCUGAAAAAUAAAAUGCACACUUGCACAAUUGUAUUUAGUGCAUGCAGGCACCAAAUUUUAUGUUAAAAAUAUCAAUUUAAAGCUCCUUUUGUUAAGUUUGCAAUUGGGUCAGGAUUUGCAAGGUGCAUCUGUUCAAUGCAUUUGAGUCAAAAUGAUUAUUGGUACUCUUGGUAUGCAAAUUUAUGUAAAAAGUAUUUCAUAACCAUUUUUGUGCCAUUAAACUCAUGAAUACAAGUCUGUAUUCUUUGCAAAUCUCUACCUCAAUCUCAAAUUAGUUGUCAUUUAAACAACUUAAUUCAUGCACUUAAAGCAGCAAAAUAUCAAGGGAGAAUUGAUGGCUGAAUGGUAUUAUUGAUAGACUAUUAAUCCAUGAUCCAGAUAAUGUUCUGGGGGCCCAAGUUCGAACACCUCAAGUGCAGAAAGUGGGAAUUGAAUUCAAGCAAGAAAUCUUCUGUCUAAUGACCACAAAAACAUGUUGGAUUGUGAUUUGCGAAUGUGCUUUGGAGAAGGAAACAGCUGUUCUUUGCUUUUCUGGCUGGUGUGGAUCUCGGGACUUGAUUGAUUCUGAGAUGGGCAAUAAAAGCUUAAUUGGCCAGUGAUAUGCACAUCCUGUCAAUGAAUUUAAAAAAAAAAUGACGGUGGAACUCCCGGCUUUUUUGAGUAUGGAGUAGAAUUCUGAUUUGCUUGAAGGAAACUGCAUGAAGCCUUUUCAAGAUAAGUGUCUUUGCUGUGCACUAAUUGAAUGGUUCCAAGAACUCUUUCAAGGGUAAAGGAAAAGCUUGAAACUUAUGAUUUGAAAAUGUUUCCUUCUCAUGCACGUUCAUGACAAGCAGUCCUUGCACAAAUAUGAGCCUCUAUUGAGAAGUGGUAUGGUGACUUAAGACAGCUUGUUUGGCUUUUCGAAUGAUGCACCUUUCAGCCAGGAUUACUGAUAAACAUCACAUAUGGACGCUUGUCUUAUUGCUCCCCAUUUGAGGGUAUUGGUCAUGCUUCAGCUCCUACUUUGCUGAGAUCAGCUGAGUUCAUUUAGACCACAGCAUUGAAAUCUCCAUAUCACUCGACACGCUUGUGUUCAUUUCGCAAUUAAUCAUAUUCAUGUCUGAAGACUGGAUAACAAGUUGAAUGAUAUGUACUUUUUGAAGCAUUCCUUGACAGUGCUGCAUUUGAGUAUUAGAAUUUGUGAUUGGUUUUUAAUAAUUUUCAUCUUUAAAGACAGAAUAUUCUUCAUAAUUAGAUAACCUGGUUAAAUUAAUGAAGCUGCAUUGGUGUGGUUAAGGUGGUCUGCUUGAAAUUCAUUGAUUUUUUUUUCAACAUUCUUUUGCUGCUCAGAAUGAAACAAAAAAUAUUGUCUCGGUUCAAACAAUGUUGAACAACAGAUGAUUUUCUUGUUGCUGAAAAAACUGUAGCAUAACCAAGUGUACAAAUGGGGUUCCAGGCCCUGCUGCUUCGUACUGUACAUUGUGUCAUUAAAUCGGAAACAUGGAUUGAUAGACUA